AUGUCAUUCAAUUCGAUCAGCAUUCUCCCGCCCGAAAUUAGCCAAUUAUCGUCCUUGGAGCGAUUGGUCAUUGUGGGGAACCAGAUUACGGGGUUCCCAGCCAAUAUCUCCGUGCUCAAGAAACUCAAAUGGGUCGACUGCCGACGCAACUCGAUCGCUGACCUUAGCGCUAUUGCCAAAAUCCCGAGCCUCGUCACGCUUCGGGCCGAUCACAACUCCUUUUUAGUAUUAGAUUUGGAUAUUGGGACUUCCCUCGCCACUCUCGAGGCCAGCUGCAACUCGAUCACACGGUUCACAUUGCCCAUACCUAAUCCCGAUCAACCCCGCUUGAGGCCGUAUGCUAUCACUCAGCUUGACCUUAGCCACGGAAAGUUAUCCAGUUUGGACGAUGCGGUGCUUGACGCUUCCUCAGUCGCUUGGGACUCUCACCAAUCUCACCUCUUGAGCUGCACCAAUAACGAUCUAGGUGGAUUGCCCGACUCGAUUGGAGCGCUUCAAAAGCUGAAGAAGUUGAUUGUACGGAAUAAUAAUAUCAAGGAAAUGCCCGUUGGGAUCUGGUACUGCGAACUACUCGAAGAAUCAAUUGCAGCUCGAACCUGUUACAAGUUUGGCCUGAUCCUCCCCACCCCAACGCUCGUUCAGAACCAAAUCGAUAUCGGCCGAGCGUCGGCGGUUGCGCGACCCCUACCACUGGCGCUUUCUCUACAGCGACUGCUGCUCGCCGACAACCAGCUCCUGGACGAUGUGUUCCAUCCCUUGGCGGUCUUGCGCGAUCUACGGGUCUUGAACCUGUCGUUCAAUCAGAUAUCCGAAAUGCCCUCGUUAAAGCUGCAGACGUUUGCUCAACUGGAGGAGUUGUAUCUUAGCGGAAACAGGCUGACGAGUUUCCCGGCUGAUGAUUUGGAACGACUCGUGAAGCUGAACGUUUUAUUCCUGAACGUGAAUCGGUUGCAGACGCUGCCGGCCGAGCUGAGAAGAAUUGCCAAGCUUACGUCGCUCGACGUCGGUAGUAACGUGCUCAAGUAUAAUAUGGCCAACUUUCCGUUUGACUGGAAUUGGACCUUUAACCGCGAACUACGGUACCUUAACCUUUCGGGUAACAAGCGCCUUGUUGUCAAGCCUUUGGACCAAGAAAAGACAUCUGUGCGACCAGGGGACAAGUCGGACAAACAAGAGAACGACUUUUCGGUCCUCCGCGAUAUCCGCGUUCUUGGCCUCAUUGACGCCACCGUGAUGGUACCAUCCGUCCCCGACGAAUCCGAUGAUCGUCGCGUGCGUACCUCCUUAUCCGAGGUCAACGGGAUGGCGUACGGUAUUGCAGACACGCUUGGAAAACUCGAGCACUUGAAUAUGUUCGAUCUUGCGGUGCCCAGUUUCAGAGGGCGGGACGACGAGUGUUUGUUCGGAAUGUUCGGGAGGGCAGCCCCUGUGCCAAACAGUAACCGACUUGCAAAGUACUUGCACGAGAAUUUCAGUCAGACGUUGAUAGCCACUCUCAAGAGUCUCAAACAAGACCGAGGAGAGGAAGUCCCCGAUGCCCUUCGCCGCACUUUCCUAUCGCUCAACAAAACUCUUUAUGAUCACCUCUUGCCAUCUGCGGCCCCAGCCCGAAAGAUAGCCAAGCGUCAACUAUCGCCGGGGCCAAGGUCCUCGAUCCAGCAAGUCUCAAGGCGAGCGCCUCCGCCUGUGUGGUGUAAUCGUGGACUCUGGGAUUAUAUGGACGCUCAAACAGCAGUCGAUAUGCUAUGGGGCAGAAGGAAACACGAUGGUCAUGGUGAUCUCCGUAUCGGACAAAUUGUAUCCAAGACCAUCGAUCCCGCAGCUGAGACUCAAGCUAUGCUCGCGCUCCGCCGGGUGGCUCAGCCACGCCGCAAUGAUCUGGUUUCGGAUCGUACCCUCAAUAGGCUCGGCCCGGAAGUCGCUCCCCCGAUCGGCAGUAUCGCCCUCGUGUUCACUGAUAUUCGCAAUUCCACCAGCCUGUGGGAGAAGAACCCGCUUGCUACGACGCGAAUUACGCAACUGCGGAGGAUACGAGUGCAAACUGAAGGUGAUGCGUUUAUGGUUUCAUUCCAGAGCGCACCGGCAGCGAUGCUCUGGUGUUUCAAGGUUCAAAUCGGGCUCUGUAAUGCCGACUGGCCCAUCGAAAUCCUUGAGUCUGAGGAUGGCAAGGAGAUUAGAUCUCCUGAAGGGGAUCUCCUCGCUCGUGGACUCUCGGUUCGUAUGGGUAUUCACUGGGGUGCACCCGUCUGCGAGGAGUCCUAUUACCGGGCGCAUGGACUACUUUGGUCCUAUGGUUAA